UGUCCCACGCUUUCCCAGCGCUCGGUGGUUUAAAGAUGGCGGCGGCGGCGGCGGCGGCGUUGGGGGCGCGGAGCCGCGGGAGGAGGAGGGAAAAGCAGAAUCUGUGAGUCGCCUGGAGGCAGCGCGGCAGCUGCCGUGAGGAGGCCGGGUGCGGAGCCACCGGCGGCCCAGCCGCUCAGGGCCAGGGCCUGGGCUGGGAGGGAGAGGCCGGAGCAGCGCGAGGAGCCCGAGGCCGGAGCUGAGGAGGAAUGUGACCAGGGGUCGGCGGGGGCUCGGGAGUACGCGAGAGCAGGGAUGGGGCAGCAGGUGGGCCGCGUCGGGGAAGCUCCGGGGCUCCAGCAGCCUCAGCCCCGCGGGAUCCGGGGCAGCAGUGCAGCCAGGCCCUCCGGCCGCAGGCGGGACCCGGCGGGGCGCACCACAGAGACCGGCUUCAAUAUCUUCACCCAGCAUGAUCACUUUGCCAGCUGUGUGGAGGAUGGAUUUGAGGGAGACAAGACUGGAGGCAGUAGUCCAGAAGCUUUGCAUCGUCCCUAUGGUUGUGAUGUUGAACCCCAGGCACUAAAUGAGGCUAUCAGGUGGAGCUCCAAGGAGAACUUGCUCGGAGCCACCGAGAGUGACCCUAAUCUCUUCGUUGCACUUUAUGAUUUUGUAGCAAGUGGUGAUAACACACUCAGCAUCACUAAAGGUGAAAAGCUACGAGUCCUUGGUUACAACCAGAAUGGCGAGUGGAGUGAAGUUCGCUCUAAGAACGGGCAGGGCUGGGUGCCAAGCAACUACAUCACCCCAGUGAACAGUCUGGAAAAACACUCCUGGUACCAUGGACCUGUGUCACGCAGUGCAGCUGAGUAUCUGCUCAGCAGUCUAAUCAAUGGCAGCUUCCUGGUACGAGAAAGUGAGAGUAGCCCUGGGCAGCUGUCCAUCUCGCUCAGGUACGAGGGACGUGUGUAUCACUACAGGAUCAAUACCACCACAGAUGGCAAGGUGUAUGUGACUGCUGAGAGCCGCUUCAGCACCUUGGCAGAGCUUGUACACCAUCACUCCACAGUGGCUGAUGGGCUGGUGACAACAUUACACUACCCAGCACCCAAGUGUAAUAAGCCUACAGUCUAUGGUGUGUCCCCCAUCCACGACAAAUGGGAAAUGGAGCGAACAGAUAUUACCAUGAAGCACAAACUUGGGGGCGGUCAGUAUGGAGAGGUUUACGUUGGCGUCUGGAAGAAAUACAGCCUUACAGUUGCUGUGAAAACAUUGAAGGAAGAUACCAUGGAGGUAGAAGAAUUCCUGAAAGAAGCUGCGGUAAUGAAGGAAAUCAAGCAUCCUAAUCUGGUACAACUUUUAGGUGUGUGUACUUUGGAGCCACCAUUUUACAUUGUGACUGAAUACAUGCCAUACGGGAAUUUGCUGGAUUACCUCCGAGAAUGCAACCGAGAAGAGGUGACUGCAGUUGUGCUGCUCUACAUGGCCACUCAGAUUUCUUCUGCAAUGGAGUACUUAGAGAAGAAGAAUUUCAUCCAUAGAGAUCUUGCAGCUCGUAACUGCCUAGUGGGAGAAAACCAUGUGGUAAAAGUGGCUGACUUUGGCUUAAGUAGAUUGAUGACUGGAGACACUUAUACUGCUCAUGCUGGAGCCAAAUUUCCUAUUAAGUGGACAGCACCAGAGAGUCUUGCCUACAAUACCUUCUCAAUUAAAUCUGACGUCUGGGCUUUUGGGGUACUGUUGUGGGAAAUCGCUACCUAUGGAAUGUCACCAUAUCCAGGUAUUGACCUGUCUCAGGUCUACGACCUCCUAGAAAAAGGAUAUCGAAUGGAACAGCCUGAGGGAUGCCCCCCUAAGGUUUAUGAACUUAUGAGAGCAUGCUGGAAGUGGAGCCCUGCCGAUAGGCCCUCUUUUGCUGAAACACACCAAGCUUUUGAAACCAUGUUCCAUGACUCCAGCAUUUCUGAAGAGGUAGCUGAGGAGCUUGGGAGAGCUGCCUCCUCAUCAUCUGUUGUUCCAUACCUGCCCCGGCUACCUAUACUUCCUUCCAAGACUCGGACACUGAAGAAACAGGUGGAGAACAAGGAGAACAUUGAAGGGGCACAAGAUGCCACAGAAAAUUCUGCUUCCAGUUUAGCACCAGGGUUCAUCAGAGGUGCGCAGGCCUCCAGUGGAUCCCCAGCACUGCCUCGAAAGCAAAGAGACAAGUCACCCAGCAGCCUCUUGGAAGAUGCCAAAGAGACAUGCUUCACCAGGGAUAGGAAGGGGGGCUUCUUCAGCUCCUUCAUGAAAAAGAGAAAUGCUCCUACACCCCCUAAACGCAGCAGCUCCUUCCGAGAAAUGGAGAAUCAGCCCCAUAAGAAAUACGAACUCACGGGUAACUUCUCAUCUGUUGCUUCUCUACAGCAUGCUGAUGGGUUCUCUUUCACUCCUGCCCAGCAAGAGGCGAAUCUGGUGCCACCCAAGUGCUAUGGGGGGAGCUUUGCACAGAGGAACCUCUGUAAUGACGACGGUGGUGGGGGUGGGGGCAGUGGCACUGCUGGGGGUGGGUGGUCUGGCAUCACAGGCUUCUUUACACCACGCUUAAUCAAAAAGACACUGGGCUUACGAGCAGGUAAACCCACAGCCAGUGAUGACACUUCCAAGCCUUUUCCAAGGUCAAACUCUACAUCUUCCAUGUCCUCAGGGCUUCCAGAGCAGGAUAGGAUGGCAAUGACCCUUCCCAGGAACUGCCAGAGGUCCAAACUCCACCUGGAAAGGACAGUGUCCACCUCUUCUCAGCCAGAAGAGAAUGUGGACAGGGCCAAUGACAUGCUUCCAAAAAAAUCAGAGGAAAGUGCUGCUCCAAGCAGGGAGAGACCAAAAGCCAAGUUAUUGCCCAGAGGAGCCGCAGCUCUUCCUCUCAGAACACCCUCUGGGGAUCUAGCCAUUACAGAGAAGGACCCUCCAGGGGUGGGAGUGGCUGGAGUGGCAGCUGCCCCCAAGGGCAAAGAGAAGAAUGGUGGGGCACGACUUGGGAUGGCUGGAGUUCCAGAGGAUGGAGAGCAGCCGGGCUGGCCUUCUCCAGCCAAGGCUGCCCCUGUCCUCCCAACCACUCACAACCACAAAGUGCCAGUCCUUAUCUCACCCACCCUGAAACACACUCCAGCUGAUGUGCAGCUCAUUGGCACAGACUCUCAGGGGAAUAAAUUCAAGCUCUUAUCUGAGCAUCAGGUCACAUCCUCUGGAGACAAGGACCGACCCCGACGGGUAAAACCAAAGUGUGCCCCACCCCCACCACCAGUGAUGAGACUACUGCAGCAUCCGUCCAUCUGCUCAGACCCUACAGAAGAGCCGACUGCCCUAACUGCAGGACAGUCCACGUCAGAAACACAGGAAGGAGGAAAGAAGGCAGCUCUGGGCGCAGUGCCCAUCAGUGGGAAAGCUGGGAGGCCAGUGAUGCCUCCACCUCAAGUGCCUCUGCCCACAUCUUCCAUCUCGCCAGCCAAAAUGGCCAACGGCACAGCAGGUACUAAAGUGGCUCUGAGAAAAACCAAACAGGCUGCUGAGAAAAUCUCAGCAGACAAAAUCAGCAAAGAGGCCCUGCUGGAAUGUGCUGACCUACUGUCCAGUGCAAUCACGGAACCUGUGCCCAACAGCCAGCUGGUAGACACUGGACACCAGCUGCUUGACUACUGCUCAGGCUAUGUGGACUGCAUCCCUCAAACUCGCAACAAAUUUGCCUUCCGAGAGGCUGUGAGCAAACUGGAACUCAGCCUGCAGGAGCUACAGGUUUCUUCAGCAGCUGCUGGUGUGCCCGGGACAAACCCUGUCCUUAAUAACUUAUUGUCAUGUGUACAGGAAAUCAGUGAUGUGGUGCAGAGGUAGCCACUGUUAGCCUGGUGGGAAAAUGCACACAUUUCUGAGGGGAGAGGGAAAGGGACUUGUUUUCCUGUAUUCUUGUUUUCAGAAAAUGAAAGACUCAUACUUGAGUGUGUUUAUGUGAAGUACCUCAGAUCCCUGAGUUCUCACGUUUACAGUUUCAUCUCAAAAAUAAGAAGCAAACCAUAUAAGUAUAGGAGAGGUAAAUUAAGUGGGGGCAAGGCAGUAGUGGACAGGGUUGGAAACUGCACUGGAAAAUAGGGAACAUGUGUAUAUCAUAAGGAAGGCAAUGCAGCCCAUCCCUACCUGGAAUGCUGGGAGGUGCUAGGCAGGGCUGCUCUCAGCAAGACCGCAGCAGCUGCACCCAGACCUGGGGCUCUGGUAGGUACUAAUGGUGAUUAUGUUCCAAUUUACCUAAUGAAUUUGGUGGGACAGAAGAAACGAAAGCUGGGGAUGUACCAAGAUAAAUUUUUGUUCAGGGCUGUUGGAAGCAGCUGUUAGCCUUGCUUCCACAAGGCCAUUGCUGCUGUAAUAAGAACUGCAAAUCAGAGUGCUACAACAUAAAACUGGGAAAUAUGGCCCUAUCUGAAUGCCUGUGUCCUGUUUUCCGCUGGUGUAUCAGUUAGUGCAGGAAGUAAAGAAUGCUGGAAAGUUGAAUCAGAGAGACUGAAAACCUUCUAAAAUCUUACACAGAUUAGCAGAAGUCACUUCUUCCAGUCUGGUAUAUUAUUUCAUAAUGGACCAGGCUGGGCUUCCUGCCUGUUGGUGGCUAUCUGUAAACCAUAAGUACAGGGGUCUCCCUAGUGGUUCUUCUCUGUCUUUUGCUGGGCAGGCUGUCUUCCUUUAUUCCUGGUAGCAUUCAGAGCAUUAACCAGUGUUGAUUUUGAAAAUAGUAGUCCCUACAGGUUCUCACAAAGGAAUGAAUUCUGUUCUGAUACAGUUCCCCUGCAUACUGACAUAUUGGCCAAGGACUUGAGCAGCUGUGUAUUUUUCUUUAUCAACUAAAAUACCAGGGAGAUGGUCUUUUCUUGAAACCCAGUGGCCUGUGUGUGACUGAGAGGAAAAGCUGGCUUGGUCCUAAUGGCUGUUUCUCUGUACCUUUCCCUUCCCUUAUCACCUUAAGCCCAGUCUAGGUAGAGAAUAGGGAGAGACAUUCUCUCUAUGGAUUUGAAGUGAAUCACCCCCACAUUAUUCUCACAUGCUUUUCUUCUCUCACAUAUUCCUUCCUACUCCCCUACCCAAUCAUUGUGCUUAUUUGUACAGAUCUUAUUGGAAAUAUUCUUUAUUUAUUUUGUCAUUUCACUUCUAUUUUAAGAAUGCAUAAUUGAAGGAGUAGUCAUUUUCAGGGAGCACCAGGUAGACACUGGGAACCUAAUGACUUAAUCCUUAAAUAUGUUUUGCCCUUGAAAAAUAGGCCUUUUCCUUCCUUACUUAGUUAUAAUUGUGGAAGCUAAUUAGGAUGGCAUGGAAGUGAAUCUAAUGAGUUAGGUAUUAUUAAUGUUCUUGGUAUCGGGUCUAAUUCCAGUUACUGCUUCAUUCUCUUUUUAAAGCUUUAUGAGUACUUCCCCCAUCCUCCCCAAGGAGAGCUCAAUACACACGUAUUUUUAUUUUAUUCUCUCAAAGGAAUAUUAGCUUAGGAAAAUAGGAAUUCAACAUUGAGCAGUGAGUUUUCUUCUGGCUCUGUCAUUGAUACACUGUCAAACCACAGCCUCAUCUCUUAAUCUAUUCAAUUAAGGUAACAGUACAUGUUCUCAAGGGUGUUGCAAGUAAGUGUGCAGCUAUCCCUUGGAGAGCCUCUCUGGAAAGCUCUUUUAGUGCAGUGUUGUUAUGCUGAAUGGUUUUCCAUUAUCUUAUUUGCUGAGUAGAAAAUAUUAAUGAAAUUAAGAAUUGUUGAGAUUAUAUGAAUUGGGCUAGAAUACUAAGGGGGAAACUAUGUUUUGAAUAGAGUUUGGCAUUUUUGACCAAGAACAAAAUUGAGUUUUCAUUGGAAAGAAAGGAAACCUUGAUUCUUACCAUUGCUGCUCCAAAGGAGGCCCAGGUUAAGAGGAUUAGAGGAGACACGCGGUGCUGGGCAUUCCUGGCGGGUGUUGGGUGAUCCCUGCAGUAUGUCACCUGCAGUUGCAGCACAGGCAGCUAGUGAUCGGGUUCAUCUCCUCCUAGUGGUUGGAAGAGAACUCAGAUGUAAAAACCAGCAGUCCUUCCCCCACCUUCUUUCCUGCCAUUCUCGCUCAUCAUACAUGUCCAUAAACUUGAAGAACUCGUUUUAGCAGUUAGCCUUUUAAGGUCGAGGAUGGGAAAGCUAAAACUUUAGAAUAUUAUUAUGCUGCUUUUUAGGUUUAUCCCUGUUGUUGUGGGAUGCAAGUUAAGGGAUUGUAAUUGUUUUUCAGGGUUUUUUUGUUUUUUAAGCAAGGGCUCUAUUUUCCCUUGAGAGUUCUGGAACUAAGCCUUGGAGAAACACUACUGAGUGUAUUUAGGCUCCCUAGUUUUCUUGCCCAACAACAAUCUGAAGGGUAGGGGGUGGGGCCUGUGUCUUACUCAGGGGCAGCACCUAGCUGUCUUGCCUACAGUGGGUGCACAAUAUAUAAAUGGAAUUGAUUUUUCUCAACACUGUCAAGAGUGGCAUUGACUAUUGGAGCACACCCCGUCCACAUGAUGCUUGAACUAUGUAACUUCAGGGGUCGAGGGCUCUAGGUUCAGGUUAAAGAGGCACUGUCAACUUACUAUACAAGCAUAAUUUAGGUUUUUCCUUUUUCUACUUGAAAAGGACCAGCUUAAACACAAACCCUUAUGUAAAUUAAAAGGUUUGAAUCCAAAGCAGAUAAAACUGCUUCUAGAAAAGUGUAGUUUAAUUUUAACUGUUCUAAAAGCAAUGAACAAAGGCCCUCGUCCAAGGCGUUGACAGUUUUCUAAAGUGGUUAUGCUGUAUAUCUGGAUGCAUGCCUUUGGGCUGCCACUGCUUGAUUCCUUUCAUGUACAGAUAAUAUUACUUCAGUUUAGAUUUCCCACUUUAAAAUGCAGUGAUUUGUGUUGCAUACUAAAAUGCAGUGAUUUGUGUUGCAUACUAAAAUGCAGUGAUUUGUGUUGCAUACAUCUUGAUUGUGCUUUACCUAAAGUAUUUUCUUAAAAGGCUUUGUGUAAAAUUUAAAUAUAUAUUUUCCUGUAGACUUCCAUCAUGAUUUUCAGAGAUUAGCCUUAAAAAAUUUGGCCCUAAGAAAUUCAUUCAGUGUUUUUCUAGAUGACCUCUGUACAUAGAGGUCAUUAUAGUGGAGACCCUUUACCAGCAGCAUUUUAGGAUUUAAAUUAGAUAGUAAGUUUCUUAGGAUUCAACCGAAAGUUGGCUAGUAAAGUAUUUCCCAGGUAAUAAAGCAUGCUGACUUUGCUAAGGCACUGCUCAUUUUUAUUUAACUAAAGUCAUGGAGAUUUUGAGUUUAAAGGAUGCAGUAUAGAUAGCGGUUUAGUGUUUAGGCUCUAAUUCCUGUCUAAAAGGCAAGUCAUUUAACAUUGGGAGCCUCAGUUUCCUCACUGUAAAACAGGGAUAAUAAUAGUAACUACCUCAGGGUUGUUGUAAGGAUUAAAUGAGAUGAUAUUUGUAAGAUACUUAGCUCAAGUGCCUGGCACACAAUGAGCACACUCUAUAAAUGUUCUUCUGCUACUAUUAUUAACACCUAGGCCAGGGAUGCACAGCAGAAUCCCCUAGGGUUAAAAAACAAAACAAAACAAACAAAAAACUGAUGGAAUAGCCCCACUCCAGAUCAGAAUUCCCAAUGGGCUGGGGUCUCGGCUAGUGUAUUCUCCAGUAAUCUCGCCAGGUGUUUGAAACACCCAGUGCUAUCUGAAAACUAUCAGUACCCCAACCCUUUUCUUUAUAGAUUAAGAAACUAGCAGAAGAUGGUUAAGUUACUUGCCUGUUGUCUCAGAACGGUUAAUUAGUGGCAGAGCCAAGGCUAGAAUUCAAGUCUCUUGACUUUAUGGUUGUGGGGUCUUUCCACCAUACCUGCUGCCAUGUGAGACACUGCAAAAAAGUGGCUCAUACCGACAAUCAGCCUGUGUGGUGCUGCACACUUUCUAAAGCACAUGCUCCUGACACUCUGACCUUAAGGGGCUUGAAUAUGGAGUAAUGGGAACACGAGCCAAGCAAGCACUCAGUAGAAUUCAGUCAUUUAAAAAAUUCUAUGGGGUCAUUCUUUUGGACAGACCUCAGCAACACAGCAAUGUGCACUUUGUAGUAAAGAAAUACCAACUUGAGUUUUUAAAAAACCUAGUUAGUCCUACAUUCCCUUUUCUUUAAAAAACUUUAUUGUUCACAUUAUUUUAAUGACUAUGAGAUAAUGUAUAUGAGAGCACUUUGAGAAAAUAUCAACUGUAAUAUAACUAUAAGGUUGUAGUAUUGUCUGUUUAAAAGAUAAGACAGUUGAUUCAAUGUGGAUGGACCCUGUGGGGGACCUGAAAAUGCAGAUAUAUAAGAAUCAACCUCUGUUAUUUAUCACAUUUAGAAAUAUGAAACUGCUUAACGAGUAUGAGCAGGUAUAGCAAGUGUUUGCUAAAGUUGUAGUUCAGAGCUGAAUUACUUCAGGAAACUAGGGACCAACUUUUUGGUUUAAUUCCGAUCUUUAAAAAGUAAGAAUGUGUACUCACUCCAGAACACAGAAGCUCUUCCAGGGGACCUUGACUCAAGAAGGAUGAGGCCCUCUUACUCUUCUCCAUUUGUCCACUAUAUGCUUGGCCAUUUAUCCUAAAUGUGGUGGGAGCAGACUUGUUAUCUGUUGAUGUUGACAGUGUCUUUUUUUAACCUAUGUCCUGCAUAGUUUUGUUAGGUUUACAGGGGGAGGUGGAUGGCCAUAAAACCAGUGCACUUUGGGAAUUACUUUUCUAGGAUUUCCUGCCAGUUAUAAAUGACAUUGACAUUUGUCAUCUAUCUUUUUUUUCUUUUUCUAAAAAGAAUAGCUGAAUUUAAUUCACCUAUUAUAAAAUACUCAAAAGUAAAUUGCAUUGGUGGCCACUUUUGAAUUAUAGCCACAUUUCAUUAUGACCCCUUCUGCUCCCUUCCAUUUUGCUACUGAUGUCAUUCUUGUUAUCAGGCUGUGCCCCUACCAGGAGUUCAUAUUGGGUUGACGGGGUUAUCUAUAUUUUUGUUCUUGAUUUUUGAGUUUCAUCAUCUUGCAUUAAAUUGUUCUACCUGGACUUGGGGUUCAUCUCUAUGCCCUAAGGAUCUGCUAUGACCAAUCCUCUUUUUGUAGGUGGGUCUCUGGCUUAAGUAUUGCUAGACUUCGGCGGUUUGUGUCUCUGUCUUAGCUUGUAUCAAGCCAGUAGUAGCUCACUUCCUUUGUAAAUUCCUGCUUCAGUCUGGGAUCCGUAGGAGUAUGUGAGAACUUCUGAAACGUCUCCAACUCUUAACAGUCAAGAUAUCUAUAUCAUUUGGAUAGAGUUCUGGUUUUCCAACUACUAGACUUAAAGAAAUUCUAACGCAAAGCUUGCUUUUUUUUUUUUUUUUCUUUUUUCCAGCAAGCCAGUAGUAAUAGUUAUUGUUACUUGCUCUGUUCAGCACAACUGUAGUUGACUUGAACUUCACUGUCAUUCCCUACGCUCCUGUCUUACUGAGAAGCACGGGUGGGAUUCAGGGCUGUGGGACAAGCUGCAGCCUACUCUGGAGCACUCACCCCCGUGACUCAGUCCAGCCUGUCUUUUGGGAAGUUUAUUACAGUGUCCAGAAGGAUGAAUUUCUGCUUUUCAUGCCACCUCUCUGAGUUAUGUAUUCUAUCUUGAGUAUGUACAAGAUGAUACCUUUUGGCUGGGCACGGUGGCUCGUGCCUGUAAUCCCAGCACUUUGGGAGACCAAGAUGGGCAGAUCACUUGAGGUCAGGAGUUUGAGACCAGCCUGGCCAACAUGGUGAAACCCCGUCUCUACUAAAAAUAUAAAAAUUAGCCGGGCGUAGUACAUGCCUGUAAUCCCAGCUACUCCUGAGGCUGAGGCAGAAUUGCUUGAACCCAGGAGGCGGAGGUUGCAGUGAGCUGAGAUCGCGCCGCUGCACUCCAGCCUAAGUGACAGAGUGAGACACGUUAAGAAAAAAAAAAAAAAGAUGAUACCUUCAUUUCUGACUCAAUAUCCUAGAUCCAAAGGACAGGAAAUUAGGGAAGGCUUCACCCUGUGGGAUCAAGAUAAGAAGAUCCCAUACUUCUCCCCAGGUAAGGAGGCCUGUGGCAGGUCAUGAUUCAAAGCUGACUUGGAAUGGCAGAAACUGCCGAGAGGCCACCCUUGGAGAUUUGUGCCUUCAAAGAUGGGUUUCAUGAGUCUCACAGAGGAAAAGGCUUGUCAGCUGGGUUGAUUUUGCAUGAUUAUUGAACUAGAACUGGUAGACACGAGCUUCUCAGGUGGCAGUGGCCAGAUCCUCCAUCUGUGAGAAUCCCCCACUUGAAGUGGUUUCCUGAGAGUGUUCACUUGGCAGUUGCUGCAUUUCUCAAGCCCACCUGGCGAGGUCUCACCAGACCCUUCCCUCCAAGUGCACUUACUUCUUCAUCCCCAUGUACAUCUCUAACUUUGAAAUUGUUUACCUCUCCUAGAAAAAUCUUACCUUUUAACCUGAGCAGAGUAGCAAAGCCCUGUUCACUCUGAGGGAGCAGCUGGCAUGUUGAAGGGGAAAGGCCAGGCACAGCACUGUCCUCAGACCACACCAUAUCUGGAGCAGAAUUGUGAUACAUGUCAUCUAUGUCUGUUUUGGAAGAUUCUUUGUUCUUCAUUGUACUCGCAUCAGCAAAUUUUCAGGGUCCUACCUGUCACUCCAGGCUACUGAGCUGAACCCUCAGAAGCUGAGAUCUCCGAGCAUGCUAAGUAACCUUUUAGGACACGCUGGAGGCAAACUGUCGAAUGCUAGCAGGCUUUAUGAAAGGAAAUAUAAGGAGUUUGUGUAGUCGGAACUUGCUUUUAGAUUUGCUUUGGAAUCUCAGAACGGGAGUUUUAAAUCAUGUAAUUAGGCACCAUAAACUUUAGUUGGAGAAUGGGACUUAAAUUUUCACAUAUAUGUAUACUUAAUUUUCAGCAAUUAUAACACAAUAAAAAGAAUAUGCAAAUUUAUUGUUGUUUCAGAAGGUUUUGCAGGACUGGGAACGCUUUAGGGUCAUGAACAGUAAACCUCAGAUACUGUUCUGCACAAUUCAGAAGUACCAUACCAGGUAUUGUGAGUGGCAAGAAGGCCAGGAGACAGAUGCUUCUGGUAGAUGAGGGCCAGAGAAACCAGCUGUCCUCCAUUUUGACAGCAAUUUCUCACUGUGGCCAUUUGGACUCCAUUAUGUUUAGAGAGGAAUUUCUUGAGAUCUUGAGAAAUCACCAUGAUUAGGCCAGUUGUCAAUUAGUAUUCAGAAACUAGAAAGGAACAAUGAGAUAGUUGUUUAUGGUUCUUUAGGGCAUAUGUUUGAAAACCCUCUCAUCUCAGAUCUGUAUAGCUGGUGUGCGUUUGUGUCCAUAAGUGCACGUGCACUGCUGUCGUGCCCGUUAAGAAAGGGGGAGUAAGUAAAAGAGGAAUCGCUCAGAUCUUUCCUUGGAUGAACAGCAGUGGCGUGGUUGGUGUGUUGACUGUGAACAGGCUGACUUAGCUGUUGACGUAUACUCAGAACCCCCAUCUCCUCCCAGACCCUGCACUUUUCCUUCUCUGCAGUCUGCUUUUCUAAUGACUGUCACUGGACAAACCCCAGUUUUAUGCUCGCUUAGUAAAAAUAAGUUUAAACAUUUCAUGGUGAUUGACAGAACUUUGUCCCAAAACAUGCGGAUUCAGAUUUUUUAAAACUCGUUGAACGUUUAUACCAAAGGUCCCGCCCUGCAGGUGUGUAUGUGGUGCACAGAGGGUGAGGUUUGGAGCAUCGGGCACUGUGUGCAUUGCUAAGGGGACAUAGUGAGACAAUGUGGGAUUUAACUAAAAACACAUCAAUCGUGUGUCACAUUACCAGUGUUGUCAGGUAUUUGUUCUUAAUUGUUAUUGUAAUAUAUUUUCAGUUGUUUUUCUAAUUUAAUUCUCUCCGUCUGUUGUCUGACUGUGAACUGCUAACAGUGUUAAACUUGAUGUAAAUAAAUGAGGCCCUUGAAAGGGACUGCUCUCUCUGUCUUCUCACAAGGUUUGCCAAGUUGUGUUUUGUUUUAAAUAAAGGUUGCAAUAUUUUAUUGGCAAA